UUAUUUUGAAUCUAUACUUUUGGCGCGCAAACACUUGUUUUCACGAUUCGCGUGUCAACACACUGCGCCGAAAAUACGCGGCCACCGCGGCCUAGAUAUUUAGUCUUAUCAAACAAUUAUUUCGUCAAAUAUGGCAUCAGUUAUUUCAGCUUCGAGAACUAUUAUAUCUAAUCCAACAAAAAAACAUACUGCCACAUUGUUUUUUUUCCAUGGUUCAGGAAGUACAGGCAGCGAUGUUGAGGCUUGGAUUUCCAGUCUCAUUACAUUCAAGUUUAGAUUCCCUCACAUAAAAGUUGUGUAUCCGACAGCUCCGUCGCAACCGUACACACCUUUACGUGGCAUGCGGAGUAACGUGUGGUUCGACAGAAGCGCAGUCGCUAUCGGCGCACCAGAAAUAAAAUCCUCUAUUGACUUUAUGUGCGAAGCAAUAUCAGAGCUGAUAGAAAAAGAAGUAGCGAAUGGAAUUCCACUCCGACGUAUAGUGGUCGGUGGUUUUUCAAUGGGUGGCGCAUUGUCCCUUCAUGUGGCUUAUCGCCAGAAAAAAUCAUUCGCCGGCUGUUUCGUUAUGUCUUCUUUUUUGAACAACAAUUCUCUAGUUUACGAGGCUCUAAAGACAGAAAAUGGACAAAGCAUUACGCCAUUGCUUCAAUUUCAUGGGACGAGCGAUGAUCUUGUGCCAUUGAAAUGGGGCGUUACUACCCACAAUACUCUCAAAAGCUUAGGGGUAAAGGGUACUUUGAAAACAAUCGACAAUGUUGGACACGAGCUAGUCCGCGAAGAAAUUGAACAACUCAAAGAAUGGCUGGCCAAUGUUGUGCCAGAAAUUGAUUAAUAGUAAAAUACAUGAUAUUGUUGCAUCGACACAGUACAAGUUGAAAAAUUUGUACAAAUUGUUCCACAUUUUUAAUCUUGAAUCGAGCUAUAAAUAAAUAUAUACUGAAAAAAAUACAAACUUCGAUGUGUUACACAGCAUCUUACUUCGAUCUACAAAAAUAUCGAUAUAGCAUUGAGUUUGUGUUCACUGUAAAAUUGCACAAUGUCAUAUUCAUUCGGGUUAUUGAAUAAAUGAUCUACAUUUUUUUAAGGA